AAGUAAAUUUAUGUUAUUUUCUUUAAUUAGCACGCAUUAGUUGCUUCACUAGAUGUAUCACCAGAGAUCUAUCUCUUGUUAAUGGAUAUAUCGAAAAAAUAAUAAAACAAUUUUUUUUAUAAAAACUGAGAUAAGAUGUAAUUAGGGGUAAACUAAUAGAGAUUUAUGUAAGUUUUAGUUUAGAAAAAGACGACAAUCUCCCUCUAGGCAGAUUUUGGGCCAAGCCUAACUUGCUUCAAAAAGGUUUAGGACCACUUGAUUAGAAGGCCCUUGGCUGAAUCAGCCCAACUUCCUUCCAACCCAGCAAAAUAAUGGAGCAAAGUCAAACUAUCCUUCCUCUGCGCUCAACGAGCUCUGACGCCAUUAAAGUCUCUGUUUCUGGGCUGCUUCUUCUCUCUUUCCGUCCUGUAUAUUACUAGUUAGGCGGAAACCCUUAUCUUUCUUUAAUGGUAACCAACAAAUUUUUAUAUUUAAGUGGACUAUAAUGCUGCUGCAUCUGCCUCUUUCUCGUAUAGAAGUGUACUCCAAUAUGUCUCUACAAGUUGUUACUUGUAAAUGUAUGUUGUCAUUAAGCUAUGUUUGAAAAUUUUGUUUGCAGAUGUUUAUGUUGCAGAAGAGUGGAUAUGUUUUCCAGGUGCCUGGGACUUCAGUUUUACCUCAGUUGACUUACUCCCCGUCAUUUUUAAGCUUUUCCCCUCCUCCGAUUCAUACCCCUUUUCAUCCCAAUCAAAGCUCAUGCAUCCUCAGGACCCAAAAGAACUGCCAAAGGGCAAAACCCAGAAAUUUGCUAGCCUCAUUUGACGAUUAUAAUGAUGUGGAAAUGGAAGAGGGUGAUGGGGUUGCUCGUGCUAGAGAAGACGAGAAGAAUUAUGACAAAGAUCCUGAGCUUGCUGAGAUUCUUGGCAACUGUCUUGAUGAUCCCGAUAAAGCUAAGUCAAGGUUGGAGGAGAGGUUGAGAAAGAAAAGGAACAAAAUUGUACACACAAAGACAGGUUCAGCAACACCCAUGAGAGUGAAAUUCAACAAAUUUGAUUUUACAAACAACUACAUAUGGUUUGAGUUCUACAAUGCCCCAUUGGAGAAGGAUAUCUCCUUGAUUUGUGAUACAAUUAGAUCUUGGCACAUUGUUGGACGUCUUGGUGGAUGUAAUUCACUGAAUAUGCAAUUGUCUCAAUCUCUUUUGGACAAAAGACCAUGUUAUGAUGCUGUUCAAGGGGCAAAUGUGACACCUACUACAUUCUAUAAUAUUGGAGAUCUUGAGAUUCAAGAUAAUUUCGCUCGCAUAUGGGUGGACAUUGGGACAAGUGAGCCUUUACUGUUGGAUGUAUUGAUUAAUGCUUUGUCACAGAUAAGCUCCGACCAUGUUGGUAUCAAACAAGUAGUAUUUGGUGGGUCUGAGUUUGAGAACUGGAAGGAGAACUUGACAUCAGAGGAUGCCGGUUACAGUGUUCACAAGAUAUAGAUGACUCUGAAAGCUGGUUAAAAAAUGAAACGCAGUUAUUGAAGGUAAAGGGCUCUGAGCAGUAUUUGGCAACACAAAAAGCAACUAGAGAAGAGCAGGUUUUACCACUUGGGCUUUCAAGCUGCUAAUACUAGUGCUAUUUAUGGAUUUUCCAUCAGAAGCAUUUCAACUUCUUGAUAAAGCAUCUACUUUCGGCUUCCAAAACUGCAGUCCGGGCUCACGAUAUCCUUACUUUUUUUUUUUGGAAAUGAAUUCGGCCCAACAGUCCUCAUAUUGAUUUAGAUACCUGUAGCAAUGCUAGUGUCAGUAUCUGGACAAAAACAGUAUUAAUAGAAAGCUUCAAGUUUCUUCU